GGAUUACUCUGAUACGCAACGGUUCCUAUCGGCUGUGUCAUCAUAGCAUCUUCACUCGCCUUAAUUGGCGAAUGCCCCUCUUGCGUCUUCUUUCCAUCCUGGGGUAUCAUACCAUCGUCUUUCGACAUUAUCUAUAUCAUCACCUUUCUGACUAGCAGACAUGCCCUCUUUGGGUCAACAGAAGGCGCUUGCACAAGACUUGAAGACCAAGAAGACAAAAUCCAGGAAUGGUUGUGGUCGUUGCAAGUUGAAGCGACUCAAAUGCGAUGAGACUGCGGGAUCGUGCUUGCAAUGCAAGAAGAGGAACGUCCCCUGUCCCGGUUACGAGAAGACCCUGAAGUGGUCCACCAAGUAUGAGGUCUUCCAGCCCACAGAGUUCACAUCAUCUCCCCCCAAAGCAACAUCAUCUGGUGUUCGCAAGCCUUCCAAGGCAACAGGAUCCUCGCUUCCAAAGAACGUCGCCAAUGGCAUCGAAGCACUUGUUGCUGUGCUUCCCGCGCGCAGGAAGACUGCAGAUACUGAGAUGAUCUGCAAUGACACACAAGUGACACAACCACCACCGUUGGCCUCACCCCCUUCCUUGGAGGAGCCUUUCAUCCUCCAGGAGUCGUCUACGGAAGACGAGGACUCUCCACGAGACCUCGAGCCUUUCCCUAUGGACGACAUCAAUGUCCUGGAUCCUACAAUGCUUGAUGGUUACGCUGAUGCAAUCCCGCUUCCCACCGAGGAGUUCCACUUUGAUUCAUUUGAUAAUACUGACCUUGAGUCCACCGGAUUGGAAGACUUCGGCAGCUUUGAUGCGUUCGACUUUGACCCUCAUCCAACCUCUUUCAAGCACAACGAGUCGUCAGCAGAGUUGUCAGCAUUGACUACUCGUGAAUCUAGCCGCGAAGCCAGCCCUCCUCGUCUCUCGAGAUCGUUACUUCUGGGCUUCUACCGUCUCCCUAGCCCCUCACCAAAUCCUUCGUCGCCGGACGACCAGGAGUCACUUCUUAUCCAGCACUACUUCAAGGACGUGUGCGCAGUCUUCUCCGCCUUCGAUUCACAUCUCAAUCCCUUCAGGACCACAAUAGGCAAGAUCUACCAAGACUCACCCUCAAUUAGCUAUGCCAUGCAGUCCAUGUCUGCCGCCCACCUAGCAAACACAUUCCCAUACAUGGCAGCCAUUGGUAGUGAGCUUCAGCGGAAAGCAGUUGCCGCACUCCAGGAAGAAUUGCCAUUGGCGCAGGCCGGCCAGAUCAGCUGUACGAGGACGUUCCUCAGUAUCAUGAUGCUUGGCUUCACCACAUCGUGGCAUGAUAGCAAUGCCCUUGGUACAGAGUUUCUUGCUACCGCACGAGGUCUCAUCCUACGGAAGCUGAUGGACAGAUCCCAGGAAGCCGAAGUACAGCGUGAAGCACAAUUCUUUGAAGAGUCUCUCAUCUACUGGGAGAUGGUCAUGGGCUUCGUGACAGAAGACGCCAUGAGCUUCUCGCGACCGUCAGGCAUGCGUCCUCGGAUAGUUUCCAGUCAGAAGAGCACUCCAGCAGGCCGACGUCCGGAUGGUAAGAUCGUUCCUCACCCCUGGACUGGCGUUGCCCCGAUUAUUCAAGCUUUAUUCGCUGAGGUUGGCCGUCUUGUUCGUUGUGAAAGAUCUCUCAACAAGGACUCCGUCGUGGACAUCGUCCGUCGCCAAGAGAACCUGUUCAACGCAACUUCCUUGGAGGAGGACCUGUUGGCUGUCGACUAUCCUUCAAUCGAUGAGAUUGCCGACACUGGCGAUGAUCGUACGCCAAAGGAACACUUCACCAUCCUUGCUGAGGCUUACCGUUGCGCCGGCCUACUCGAGCUCUACCGCGUCUUUCCUUCUAUCCUACGUAAGCGCUUGGGCAGCAACAAGCUGCCUGUCUCUGAGAAUGUCGACUUUCGGUUUCCCAUGCCCCGGUUCGAGACACCAUACGAAGAUGCCGAUAUGAAGCUGUGGCUUAACUCACUUGCUAUGCACAUCCUGCAGAUGAUCGAGUCACUGCCAGCGUCCUCAGGCACGUUCUGCAUCCAGCAACUUGUCAUAACUGUUGCUGCCUGCGAGCUCAAGUUCGUCUCGACGGUCGACUUCUUCGACGUGCAUGCCAACGACUCCAAGGUGCUUCAGGCGAGAGAGAAAGUGAUCCGCCGCUUGGAGGUGUACGCUCACCGCUUGCCUGGUAAGCCGAUUCGUCACUUGAUCACGUUGAUCAAGGAGACAUGGCGACAGUCCGACGAGGGUAACGACGCCUUCUGGAUCGACAUCAUGAACGAGAAGGGAUGGCAUACCAUCAUUUAGGAGCUCGGUUGCCACCUAUCUUACCCGGCGUCCUUAUUCGCCUACGACCUUUACAUCCUGCACAGCGUCUUCCCAUCGGGGCCAUCCACUGGCGCCGCCUUCUCCUGUUGUCCCCACGCCACGACAUUUACUUUCAAAAUUCCU